UUGAAAUAAAUAGUAAUAAAUGUUUCACUUAAAGAGCACUUUCCGACGAUUUGCUAACUCUUGGAGGAAAUUUAGGAGUCCUUUGGUAAAGCACCCGAUUCGAAAUAAGUCAACUAAGAUAUCGUUAGCAGAUAGCUUCAAGCCUGUAAGAGAUUUCCCUUAUAUUUUUGGAAAUACCCAGAAUGUAAUUAGCAUUAUUAAGGAUUUUGACAGUCACGAUCAUAGCAUUCUAAUGACGUUGAACUCAAUGUUGGAUGAUUCAGACCACUGUCUUCGCGAAGGCUUCACAUUUGGCUAUAGAGCUCUGCUAAAUAUGAUAAAGGACCAUGAUGUCACCGGGAUUGGUCAAAUUUGAGACUCGAAUCUUAAGCAAGACAUUCAUGAAGAGAUGGGUGAACUUGUGUACAAUGAUAUAGAACUCAAGCUGGAAAAUGAGAAUAAUCUCGAACAUGAGCCCAUGCUGAUAGACAUCAUUGACUUCAACUUCCAUAUUUCCGGAGGGAUGGACCGAGGUGCUAACUCUGAAAUGAACUCAAGGUACCAUAUCUAUAUCUCUGAAGAUUUUGAAAUGGGGAGCCAAGUCAAUAUAGACCUAGAGGUGCUAGUCAGAUAUGUUACUAAUUUUAAGCUAAACGCUUUCUUGUCCAAGAGUCCGGGUACCUUACUGAUUCCUGACACCCAGAUUGGUGAUGAAGAGGUGCACUAUGUUACUUAUGAGACAAAUCUUUCACAGCUGAAGCUUAACUUUUGGAGUUUCCUCACACUCCGAAGAUACGCUAACCUGAGGAAUAUGGACGACGUCAGCUGGAGGAUCACCGACAUCGACGGCAGAUUUGGAGGUUAUAGAAGAUAAUUAUGGGUAAAUUUCGAUUGGCUAGGAAAAA